AUGGCUGAACCUGGAUUGCCAUCUCAGGAAAAUCCGUUACCUUUUUCUGGUCUAGUUGGAUUCGAUAUCGGCACGUCGGAAUGCAGUGUUGCUGUGUCCAAUGGUUCCCAAGUCACGCUAUUGAAAAACAGAAUAAAUCAAAAGUUUACGAAAUCAUUUGUCACUUUCAAAGAUCAAGCCACUUCUAGUGGAGUUACGAGACCACUCUCCGACGACCUUGAGAUGCUGUCUGGAGAUACAGUUUUCAACAUGAAACGCCUUAUUGGUAGAGUUGAUACUGAUCCAGUAGUCCGUGCUAGUAAAUAUCUCCCUUUUCUCGUGCAGACUUUGGAUAUUGGUGUUCGACCCUACAUUGCUGCGUUUGUGAACUUUGUUUGGAGAGCCACCACUCCAGAAGAAGCCCUUGCAAAGCUUCUGGUGGAUUUAAAACUGAUGACGGAAACUCAUCUGAAAGGACCGAUAAAAGGUGUAGUGCUUACAGUUCCAGUUUCCUUCAGUCGUUUCCAGCAGGCCCGCCUAGAACGUGCCUGUGGGAUGGCUGGUUUUCCCACUAUUAGGACGAUGCCUGAACCAACAGCAGUGGCAUUGUUAUAUGCACAGCAACAACAGAAAGCUUCUCAGAAAUCUAUGGGCAGUGGAAGUGAGAAAAUUGCUCUCAUUUUCAAUAUGGGUGCUGGUUUUUGUGACGUUGCUGUGACUGCUACCGGUGGAGGUAAACCUGAGAUAAAAGCCUUGGCAGGAAGUACUAUUGGUGGAGAAGACUUGCUUCAGAAUAUGAUGCGCCAUCUCUUACCAGAUUUUGAAAAUACAUUCAAGAGCCGUGGGUUCAAAGAAAUCCAAUCAAUGGCAUUGCUUCGAGUUGCAGCCCAGAAUGCAAUUCAUCAGCUUUCGUAUCUAACCGGUACUGAGGUCGAUGUAGACUUAGGAGAUGGUUUGAAGGUAUACAAGGUUGUUGACAGGGCUAAGUUUGAGGAGGUGAACAAAGAGGUGUUUGAAAAGUGUGAAAGCCUUGUCUUCCAGUGUUUACAUGAAGCAAAGGUAGAAGCUGAAAAUGUAAAUGAUGUGAUAAUUGUUGGUGGAUGUUCUUAUAUCCCAAAGGUGAAGAAUCUUGUUACUAAUAUAUGCAAAGUAACAGAAGUUUAUAGUGAUAUAAAACCUUUGGAAGGUGCCGUUUGUGGUGCAGCAAUCCAAGGAGCGAUCACUUCAGGUAUCAUUGAUCCUUUAGGAAAAUUGGACUCGUCAAAGAUUCAUGCCACACCUCUUGCCAUUGGAAUCCGAGCGGAUGGGAACAAGUUUGUCACUAUAAUGCCGAGGAGCACCACAUUGCCAGCGCGUAAGGGUCUACUUUUUACAACUAUUCACGACAACCAAACUGAGGCAUUGAUAGUUGUCUACGAAGGUGAGGAGGGAAAGCAGCCCGAAGAAAAUCACUUGUUGGGAUAUUUCAAGAUAAUGGGAAUACCUCCAGCACUAAAAGGAGUUCCCGGAAUCAGUGUGCACAUGGAUCUAGAUACUUCCAACAAGCUGGGAGUUUUAACUGCUGUUGCGAUGCCUGGAACCCAUCAAGCUGCAGUUCCUGUUAUGCAAGUGAGGAUGCCAAUGGUUGAUGAUGCGCAUGGUUGGUGUGCUGAGGGCCUAAAUAAAACCUUUGGUGACACAAUGGAUUUGGUCACUUUCAAAAGAGGCAUAAAUUGA